UUUGAGAGACAAAGGCAAAGGGGGUUGCCUAAGGGCUAGGGGGGGGGAGGCGAAUGGUUUCAGAUGGGCUGCAUUGGCCGUGAUCUGAUCAGAGAGAAAGAACUCAACGAGAAAGUUGACGCCCUCGACCUCCACUCAAGUCCCGGCUGCCCCGCAAGAUGAAGGCGACGCUGCUGCUGCUCUUUGUUGCUCUCGUCACAAUCAAAGUCAUAGCCGGAGGGAAAAACAACAGAGAGAAAAUCAAACCGUCCCAGUCCGGAUCAGAUUGCACCGACUGGCGCUAUGGAAACUGCGUCGCUAGCAACGGAGACUGUGGAGCCGGGUUUCGGGAGGGCAUAUGUAAUCAGCAGACCAAGAAAAUGAAAUGCAAAGUGCCAUGCAACUGGAAAAAGGACUUUGGCGCUGACUGCAAGUACCGGUUUGAAAGUUGGGGCGACUGCGACCCAGAUGCCGGCAUCCAGACCAGAAGUGGAACCUUGAAGAAGGCGCUGUACAAUGCCAAGUGCCAGCAGACCAUUUCGGUCAACAAACCCUGUGCUGGCAAAACAAAGACAAAUAAAGGAAAGAAGAAAAAAGGCAACGGACAGUAAAUGCAAAAGAGAAGAAUGUCUGGGGACAAACAAGACAAGGAUCUUUAUCAAUAAAUUGUGUGGCGCAGCACUCACGUCUGAUGUUUGAACGGCGGUACUGACAUUUAGACAACUAAACCCGUUUUGUUUGUAGGCUCACUCAAAAGCGGAAUAGUCUUGACGUAGAAAGUAGAAAACACUCCAUUGUCAAUCUCGUCUGAGUCGGAUAUCAAUUUGGUCCAAAGACCACCCCUGCUAUUACUAAUAUCUAGUCAAUAGUCUCGAUCCCAUUAGACUUUAUGCUGCACACAUUUUCAGAUGAUGAUGUCAUUUCGUCAAAGUAUUAAUAAAGACCAUGAUGAUAUUCCGGCAAAA